AUGGCGAGCCACUCACCCCGUGUAAUGACUGCAAUCGUUCAUUUUUUGGAGUACAGUGUUUCGAGUUGCAUAAAAAAGCUAGAGCUCGUAAAGUCCGAGGAUCAGCAUACACGUUUACGAGGAGAUAAUUCUUCUCGUGUUCAUGAACCAAAUCUCUGUGUAGCUCAACGUGUUUGCCUCUCGUGUUUAAGCGAUGAAAUCAUAGAAAAUGAAUGCGAAGUUUGUGGCCAGAGAGAAUUUGUAUUUCCCGACGACCCAGUAGGAAAUCUUGUAAAAUUGGCUAUUAAUUCAAAAUUUGAGAAAAUAAUUUGCAUAGCUCAUAACGCUCGAGGAUUUGACAGUCAAUUCAUACUCCGUUAUCUCAUUGAAGAUCAAAAAACUCAAAUGCCUACACUGAUAAUGAGAGGAACAAAAAUAAUUUCCAUGAGAGUAGGAAAAAUCUGUUUUCUCGAUAGUUUGAAUUAUUUGCCAAUGUCUCUCAGUCCGCUACCGAAAGCAUUCGGAUUUGAUGAUAUUGUGACAAAAGGUACAUUUCCUCAUCUGUUCAACACUCCAGGAAAUCAAAAUUAUAUCGGAUCGUUACCAGCUCUGCACUUUUAUUCUCCUGACAAAAUGUUUACUGCGGAACGUAAGCGGUUCAUGGCAUGGUACCAAGAAACGAGUGACUCUGGAUAUAUUUUUAAUUUUGCUGAGGAAUUUUUGCGAUAUUGUCGCGAUGAUGUAUCAGUGCUACGUCGAGCAUGCUUAGCUUUUCGUAAAUUAUUUAUCCAAUGCGGUAAAGUUUGCCCGUUUGCUGAAAGUUGUACAAUAGCAUCAGCAUGUUCAUUAGUAUAUCGCAAAAACUUCCUACCAGCGGAUAAAAUUGCACUAUUACCCCCUGGAGGUUAUCGAUGGGCUGAUAAACAAUCUCGUAAAGCUGUUUCGUGGCUCGUAUGGCUCGAGCGAGAAAAUGGUAUUAUUAUCACACACGCUGGUCGCACACGAGAGCAGCGUUUACCCCUGGGCUUACCUCCGGUAGACGGAUAUUACGAGGAGAACAAUAUUCGUCACGUCUUGCAAUUCCAUGGUUGUUAUUGGCAUGGAUGUAAACGUUGCUUUCGUAUAAAUAGAGACAAACGAAUGCGUUGUGAUGAUACAAUGGAUCAGCGAUACGAGCGUACUGUUACGAUAUCAGCACGAAUUAAAGAGCAGGGAUUUUUACUAACAGAAAUAUGGGAAUGCGAAUAUGAUGCUAUGUUGAAAAAUAAUGAUGAAAUGGCUGAAUUUGUGAAAAAUCACCCUAUGGUGAUUUCAGAACCGCUUGAGCCGCGUGAAGCAUUUUUUGGAGGAAGAACGGAAAAUUUUGUAAAUAUGUACGAAGUAAAAGAAAGUGAAAAAAUAAAAUAUGUAGAUGUAUGUUCAUUAUAUCCAUGGGUAUGUAAAACUGGAAAAUUUCCAAUAGGUCAUCCUAAAGUGUACGUCGGUGAGGAGUGUCGCGUUCUCAUUGGACAAAAUAAUUCUUUAGAGCGUGUUGAGGGCCUGGUCAAGUGUACCGUUUUACCCCCUCGUGAUUUGUAUUUUCCGGUUUUACCGUUUCGAGCUCAUGGAAAAUUGUUAUUUGCUUUAUGUAAAUCAUGCUGUCUGAAUUUAGAUACAAAUGGGAAUUGCGAGCAUGUAAAUCCAGAAGACCGUGCUUUCAACGGUACAUGGGUUGUCGAUGAAUUGAGGAAAGCGAGCUCACUAGGUUAUACUGUAUUACACGUAGACGAAAUUUGGCAGUACGAAAUUACGCGCUACGACCCUCUAACUCGAAGCGGAGGUCUUUUUGCAGAUUAUAUAAAUACUUUCCUAAAAAUCAAACAAGAAGCCAGCGGAGCACCAACGAAUUGUGUUGGGAAUCCUGAAGCGUUGCAACAAUACAUCGACGAUUAUAAAAAUGCAGAAGGAGUCGAGCUUGAUGCAAAUGCUAUAGAUUUCAACCCGGGUCUUCGCUCGCUUGCCAAACUCGCUCUCAAUUCUUUUUGGGGAAAAUUUGGACAGCGUGAAAAUCAAACUAAUACUUUGAUUAUUUCUACGCGUGUAGAGCUCAUGGAUUUACUAACAAGUCCAGAAAUUGAAAUUACAGGAAUCUUACCUGUAAAUCAUAGAAUUAUGUACGUAAAUUACAAAAACGCUGAUGAGGCUAUUCGACCAUCGCUUACAGCAAAUGUUGUAAUUGCAGCAUAUACGACGGCACAGGCACGACUCAAACUGUAUGAAUAUUUGGAGGGACUUGGUCGUCGCGUGUUGUAUUGUGACACCGACUCGUGCAUUUAUGUAAGUCACGAACGCAGUGAUGAAUACCAGCCUCCUGUCGGACAAUUUCUCGGAGAUCUGACUGACGAGUUAAGUGCGUACGGAGAUGGUUCAUACAUCACUUCGUUUGUGUCGGGUGGACCAAAAUUCUAUUCUUUUAUUGCGCGUAAACCUGAUGGUACCACUAUAGAAGUAUGUAAAGUUAAAGGUAUCACAUUGAACUUUCAAAAUAGUCAACAAAUAAAUUAUCAAACGAUUCGCUCAUUUGUGACGGGAGAAAGGAGUGCACCAAUCGUUUUGAAAUUCGAUGCAAUAAGACGUACCGAGUUCCAUCAUGUAAUUUCACGCGAAGAAACCAAGUCUUGCGCCCCAGUGAGUGUAAAACGUCAACAGGACAGAGAAUAUUGUACCCUACCCUACGGUUUUGUUCGAACAACGGCAUGA